GCUGUCUUGAGGAAUAUUAGCGUGCUAGCUUUCUUAUGUUGUAGGAAGGAAAAGUUAAGACAACACCACAACGUUAGCAUCAUACGAAGCUUGCCACUAUCUCACGGAGGAGAUCAGCAUUUAGUAAAAUACUGGCUUACUGCGAGAAAUGUUUGGCGAUCGAUUAGAAAUGCCUUGGAGAUAGACCAGUCUAUUGCGAUUGACCGGUUGGUGACCACUGGAGGAAAGGAAUGCAGUACUGAGACAGAAGACACUGGACAACUCCAGGAUGGCAUCAGACACUGCAUCCCUGCAGACUCCUGGCUCCAAGAUCAUGACCUUUCACCCUUCCAUGGAGGAAUUUAAGGACUUCAGCCGUUACAUCGCCUACAUGGAGUCACAAGGAGCUCACCGAGCUGGAAUGGCUAAGGUUAUUUCACCCAAAGACUGGAAGCCCAGACGUACCUAUGAUGACAUAGAUGACCUGGUGAUCCCUGCUCCUAUACAGCAAGUGGUGACUGGCCAGUCCGGUCUCUUCACACAGUACAACAUCCAAAAGAAACCCAUGACCGUCCGAGAGUUCCGCAAGACUGCCAACACAGACAAGUUCUGUAACCCCCGAUAUGUGGAUUUUGAUGAGCUGGAGAGAAAGUUUUGGAAGAACCUGACUUUUAACCCCCCUCUCUAUGGAGCGGAUGUCAACGGAACACUCUAUGAUCCAGACGUGACAGAGUGGAACAUUGGUCAUCUGAACACUAUCCUGGACACUGUUGAGAGGGAGAGUGGGAUCAAGAUCAAAGGGGUAAACACUCCUUACCUGUAUUUUGGCAUGUGGAAGAGUACCUUCGCCUGGCACACUGAAGACAUGGAUCUCUACAGCAUCAACUACCUUCACUUUGGAGAGCCCAAGUCCUGGUAUGUUGUUCCCCCUGAACAUGGCAAGAGAUUGGAGCGUCUCGCUAAAGGGUUUUUCCCUGGGAGUGCUCAGAGCUGUGAAGCUUUCCUGCGGCACAAGAUGACUCUAAUCUCACCCUCCAUCCUGAAGAAAUACGGCAUACCAUUUGAGAAGAUCACCCAGGAGGCAGGCCAGUUCAUAGUGACCUUCCCUUUUGGCUACCAUGCUGGUUUCAACCACGGCUUCAACUGUGCAGAGUCCACUAACUUUGCCACACAGCGAUGGAUCGAUUAUGGCAAAAUAGCCACACUGUGCUCAUGCCGUAAAGACAUGGUGAAGAUCUCCAUGGAUGUGUUUGUGAGGAAGUUCCAACCAGAUCGCUACAAGGCAUGGAAGGCAGGGAAGGACAACAUUCCUAUUGACCACUCCAAGCCCACGCCAGAGGCUGCUGAGUUCCUGACGGGAGAGAAGACAGGGGAGCCUGGAAAGGAGGGUCCAAGCCCCAGCGAGGCCCCUGACCAGGAGGAGGAUACCACAGGCACCACUGCUCAGGAGGAGACGAGCAAGCUGAAGGUUGGGAAAAAGCGCCAGCGGGAAGCAGUCGUGGAGGCAGAGGAGGAUGAAGACACUGAGCAAGCUAAGGAGGAAGGAGAGGUAGCGCAAAAGAAAGUCAAGCUGGAUCAGUGGAGUGGAGGACACACCCCAGCACACAAAGAGCCAAAGCCAGAGGACGUUAAAAAUGAGCUAACAAAGCUACCACCCAACGCAAAGACCAACCGAAACACAAACGCCAGCCGAAAGCUAGCACUUCAGAUGAAAGCCAAUAACUCUAUUAAAUCCACUCUAAUUAAGUCUCAGCCACAGACUAACAGUCAGUCAACCCAACCAGCAGUACCAGGCCCCUCCUCCCAAAGCUCAGAGAAGGCCGGCCCCAGUGAGGUUGUGAAGCCUCCAGCACCAGCCAACAGCCCCAGCCCUGCUCACCGACUCUUCCAGAGGACCCUGAGCCCGGCAGACGUGCUGCAUGUCCACAGCUACGCCAAGGGAGACUACAGCGAGGGAGAGAGCAAGGAGAUGAGGAGCGAUAGUAGUGAUAGUGAAGGAGAGGAACAGGACGACAGCAAGGGGGCAGAAGAGGGAGCGGAGGAUGAAGGUGUGCAAAGCAAACUGGGGAAGCUGCCUCGCCAUCACCCUCUGAUGAAGGACAGCAUGAGUGACGAGGAGCUGCCAGAGCAGCCCCCAGUAGAGGAGGAUGGGUUAGAGGGAGAGCUGUGGGCCAAGCCCUUCGUCCACCUGUGGCAGAACAGACCCCCCAGCCUGAAGAGAGAGAAGGAGUACAACCGUCGCAUGGGCCUCCAGGCCCCAUACUGCUCCGUAUGCUCAUUGUUCCAGACCUACCAGCGGACGGAGUGUGCUGAUGACUGUAAGAACACUCCAGUGGUGUUGCCUGGAGGCAGACUGAGGACUAAGCCUCUGAUUGCUGAGAUGUGUUUCACUACCACCACCGAGCCAGAGGAGGGUGCUGAGGAGCAGGCGCUUGGAGCCCUGGCGCCCACCACCCCUCACCUGGAGCCAGACGGCACCAGCCUGCUCAUCAGCUGCUCCCACUGCAGUGUCCGCAUACACACCAGCUGUUAUGGCGUGGAUCCAAACAUUGUUACUAAGGACUGGAAGUGUGCUCGCUGUAAGGCCAACGCCAUGACUGAGAGUUGCUGUUUGUGUUCGCUGAGGGGUGGAGCCUUGCAGAAAGCCAACAACAACAAGUGGGUCCAUGUGCUGUGUGCAGUAGCAGUGUUGGAGGCUCGCUUUGUGAACAUCACUGAGAGAAGCCCUGUGGAUCUGAGUGGGAUUCCUCUACAGAGGUUUAAACUGAAAUGUUACUACUGUAAGAAGCGGAUGAAGAAGACGUCCGGGUGCUGUGUGCAGUGUUCCCAUGGCCGCUGUUCUACGGCCUACCACCCUACCUGUGCCCAGGCCGCUGGGGUCCUCAUGCAGCCAGACGAGUGGCCUUUCGUGGUCUACGUCACCUGCUGCCGGCACAAGGGCCCUAUUCAGACAGAGCGUAACAAAGCAGCAAUGCAUGAGCUCACCGUGGGACAGAGGGUGAUCUGUAAGCACAAAAAUGGCCGCUACUAUCAGUGUGACGUGGUGCAGCUUUCCAAGGAGACGUUCUAUGAGGUCAACUUUGAUGACGGUUCCUUCAGCGACAACCUCUUUCCCGAGGACAUCGUGAGCCGGAAUUGUGCCCAGCUAGGCCCCCCACCGCAGGGGGAGGUGGUGCAGGUCCGGUGGACAGAUGGUCUAGUAUACGGGGCCAAGUUUGUGGCUGCUCACGUCAUCCAAAUGUACCAGGUGGAGUUUGAAGACGGGUCACAACUAACAGCCAAGAGAGAUGAUGUCUAUACCCUGGAUGAGGAGCUGCCCAAGAGAGUCAAGUCAAGACUGUCCAAGGCGUCAGACAUGCGUUUCGAUGGUAUAUUUGAGGACAAGGAGGCCAUCCAGCAGUCGAAGAGGCAGAGAGUGAUCAACUCACGGUACAGAGGAGACUACAUUGAACCUGUGAUCUACAGAGCCAUCAUGGAGUAGCCUGCCGACUACAGCAUGGAGUAGCCUACUCUACCAACAAAUCACCAGCACUGAUAUUCCUUAUCCAGACUUCUGCUCACUUUACCUUAAUUUAUCCACUGAGUGAGUAAGUGUAGCUCUGACUAAAGGACUGAAAAUAACUGUCCAACCCCUAGUUUAGACUAUUUGUCUUUUUCUUCAAUUCAUCCCUUCAUCAUUCCAGCAUUAGGCACUGGUUUCCCAGACACUGUUUAAGCCUUGUCCUGGACCAAAAAUAUCUUUCCAGAACUAGACUUGAUCUGUGUCUAGGAAACCUGUCCCUAUGGUUACUACCAUCCAUGUCACGUUUUAUGCUACUCUGCCAGUGCCCAGUAGCAGUAAUUUGUGUAUUGAAUGAAGUGAUAUUGGCCCUUGAUUUUUGCUCCCAAACAAGAUUUAGCUUUCUAAUAAUAAUAACAAUUCACUCAAUAUAAUUCAUUGGUAGGAAGGGUUUCCUCAAGGGAGUGAAGCAGACACAAAAGUUAUUGCCACUCAUCCUCAUAAACACUGACUCAAUAUUUGACAGAAUGUUGCCAGUUGUUAUUUUAAGUACAUAUGUAUAUAUUUUCCUAUGUAUGCUGAACAAAAAUAUUAACACAACAUGCAACAAGUUCAAUGAGUUACAGUUCAUAUAAGGAAAUCAGUCAAUUUAAAUAAAUAAAAUCGUCCCUAAUCUAUGGAUUUCACAUGACUAGGCAGGGGUGCAGCCAUGGGUGGGCCUGGGAGGACAUAAGCUCACCCACUUGGGAGCUAGGCCCAGCCAAUCAGAAUGAAAUUUUCCCCAAAAAAGGUCUUUAUUACAGACAGAAAUACUCCUCACUUUCAUCAGCUGUCCGGGUGUCUGGUCUCAGACGAUCCUGCAGGUGAAAAAGCCGGAUGUGGAGGUCCUGGGCUGGCGUGGUUACACAUGGUCUGCGGUUGUGAGGCCAGUUGGAUGUACUGCCAAAUUCUCUAAAAUGACGGAAGCGGCUUAUGGUAGAGAAAUUAACAUUACAUUUUCUGGCAACAGCUCUGGUGGAUAUUCCUGCAGUCAGCAUGCCAAUUGCAUGCUCCCUCAAAACUUGAUACAUCUGUGACAUUGUGUUGUGUGACAAAACUGCACAUUCUAUAGUGGCCUUUUAUUAUCCCCCGCACAAGGUACACCUGUGUGAUUAUAGUGGCGUUUAAUCAGCUUCUUGAUAUGCCACACCUGUAAGGUGGAUGGAUUAUCUUAGCAAAUGAGAAAUGCUCACUAACAGGGAUGUAAACUAAUUUGUGCAUAAAUUGAGAGAAAUAAGCUUUUUGUGCGUAUUGAACAUUUCUGGGAAUCUUUUAUUUCAGCUCAUGAAACAUGGGACUAACACUUUGUGUUUUAUAUUUUUGUUCAGUAUAGUUUUUAUGGUGCUACUUGCACCUAGGUUUGAUUUCAAGGAGGUGCAAUGCCAUUUUAGUAACUAAUACUGCCUCCUCUUAGCAGAUUCACACUGUUGACUGCAAUCCUAUACAUUGUAUUUUGUAGGAAUGCGUUGAAUAUAGCUUUUUCCAUUUUGAGUUGUUUUUUUUGCCAGCAUAUUUAUUAUAUGGUGCUUGGAGAAAGUAAAAGUAACCUCUGCAAUACAGACAGUUUGUCAGUUGCAAUGCUGGAGAGGUUUCAAACCGAUUAUGAUGUAUGUUCUAUUUUUGCUAUAGCGAUGAAUUGGAAAUAGCCUGUUCAGAAUUGCUGUGGGCUCUCCAUUUAUUUCCAAGUUGGUUCUUUACUCAUUUAAUGAAAGUUGUGCGUUGCACUUUUAUUUAAGUCCAGUUUGAGAGGACAUUUUAAUAGUUGUGUGCUGUCAUUUGCUAUUUUUGUGAGGGGGGGGGCAUGUUUGAAAAUAUUAUUGUUCAUUCUACAUCUAUGAGAUGGUCUUACGGAGUGUGUCUACUACUACCCAUCUCCACUCGGCCAAGAUCAUCAACCAUGAUGCACUUAUUAGGAUAGGAUAUAGGAUAAGGUGGCUUUCAGAUUGUCUUCAUUGUUUGUCUGUAAACUGCUGUUGACUUGAGUGUAGGGUUGGAACGUUUUCCCACGUUUUCCAGAAAUCCCGGUCGGAAUAUGCCUGGAAUCAGGAGGGAAUAAGCAGGAAAUCUAGGUAUACCUAAUCUGGGAUUUCUGAAAAAUUUGGGAAUUUUGAGAAAGUGCCCAUCAUUUUGCGACCCUAAUUGAGUGUGUGAGUCACAGAACUGACGGUAUUGGUUACAGUUAGUUAUAGAGGCCCACAUUCACAGCAGUACCACUGAGCAAAAGAUUUAUAUCAUCAUCAUUCAAUAGUAUGGAAAGACUUAUGACUUAUAAUACAUGGAAGAAAAUUACUUUUCUAUCAAAAAUAACUGUAUUGCUUUGUUUUAUAAUGAUACAUGUUCUAUAUUCACAGCCAGGAAGACACUGAGAUGUAAUUAUUAUAAUAAGUAGUUUAUUGAAAGAUAUAAACUGUUGACUCUAGGGAUCUUGGCAGCAUCCCAAAUGGAACCCUAUUCCCUAUAUAGGGAGUAGGGCACCAUUGGGACCGUUCCCUGGCCUGUUCAUGUUUGACUUUUUGAACGUUGACCUCUUUCCUGUGUCUGUGAUAAAUGAACGCUGGACUUCUUCCAUUUUAUCAUUCAUGCAUUUUGUAAACAAUUUUUGUUUCAGUAAAUUUUUGGCUUGCUUA